CUCCUCUAGCCCAACCUGAUGGCUUGAGGUCACUUUUCUCCAUCCGAAGACCCAAUUUCUCCGCGCGAGCUCCAAUUUUACCGGAGUACCUCCCCAUCCGCCGGAGCCCUAGAGGUCCAGAAUGAAGGCGACGGCGUCGAUGUGCAGCCCGCGCACGGUCCGGGGCACGCACACCUUCAAGAUCGCCCGCUACAGCCUCCACAGGGGCCUCGGCGCCGGCAGGUACGUGCGCUCCGCCGCCUUCGACGUCGGCGGCUACCUCUGGCGCAUCGAGUACUACCCCGACGCCGAGAUGGAGAUGAAGAACGGGGACUACGCCUCCGUCUCCCUCGAGCUCGUCACCGCCCACGCCCAGGCCAGGGCCACCUUCGAGGUCAGGCUGCUCGACCAGGCCGGCAAGCUGCCACCCUCCGUCGUGCUCGCCCGGUACAAGCCCCUGCUGUUCCGCUCCAACCCGCCCACAUACAUGAGCGAGGACUUCCUGCAGCCAUUGCCCUACCUGCACGGCGACGACAGCCUUGUGGUCGAGUGCGACAUCACAGUCAUCAAAGAACCCGAGCUCGCGCUGAUCGCGACUACCUUCGACAUCAAAGUGCCCCCCUCGGACUUGUCGGACAACCUCAAAGAACUGCUGGAGACGGGGGAGGAAACAGACGUCACCUUCGAGGUCCGAGGGGAGGUGUUCCCCGCGCACAAGCUCGUGCUCGCGAUGCGGUCGCGGGUCUUCAAAGCCGACCUCUUCGGCCCGAUGGGCGACAGGACAAGGAAGACCAUACCCGUAGAGGAUAUGCAGCCCGCUGUCUUCGGCGCGCUGCUCCACUUCAUCUACACGGAUUCGCUGCCUUCCAUGGAGCAUCUCGUUGGAGACGAUGCUGAGGAAAUGGUGAAGCACCUGCUAGUGGCUGCGGACAGGUACGCCAUGGAAAGGAUGAAGGUGCUGUGCGAGAGCAUCCUUUGCAGGACUCUUAGUGUCCGGAACGUCACCACUACUCUAGCUCUAGCCGACCAGCACCAGUGCAGCCGCCUCAAAGAUGCUUGCCUUGACUUUAUCGCUUCUCCGGACAGAACGGAUGCUGUGGUGGCAAGCGAAGGCUAUGCUUGCCUCAAAAGAUCUUGCCCUGCUGUCGUAGCAGAUAUCUUCGAGAGGGCAACCAAGUCUCGCAAAAUCUAGUAUCCUCAUCCUUGGUUAUUAUUAGCUGUAUAUAGAUCAUGAAAUUCGUUUUAUCAUUCAGCUAUUAAUUCUAGUGAUCUUGUCGUUUGAGAAUCUCAGGCUCUUGCAAAUGAUGAUCUCUCUAUGUGAUGAUGAUGCAGCAUCUUUAUUAUGUAUUUUAUCUAAUGCCGCAUCUGAAUAAAAUCUGGGAUAGCUUGCUACUAUUCUCUAAAAUGGUUUGUUCUUCUGACUAAAAAGGUUGUAUACUGUU